UCACUGUUGAUUUGAAAGGUUACUCUGUGCGUCUUUGCAUCUGAGCAUCGAUUUACAUUUUAACCUUUAAAAUCUCAAAAACUUCGUCAUAGAGCGCGAGCUAAAUAACAUGAUUACCUUUAUGUACUUCUUUAGCGGCUGAAAAGUGGAAUUGGGUGUGUGUGGACGGUAUAUCGUGCAAUAUGUCUUCCCAGUUGUCAGAUGAGAUAGCUGACAUUGCUAUGACAGAAACCGAGGCGGAUUCUUCACAAACACACGCUCAUGAAGCUUCUUCGAGUGCUACUGCAGACGAUGCAUCUUCAAGCAAUGCUGCAACACCAGCGAGUAGCGAAGGGCAAGCAUCUAGGCAGUCAAACCUGCAACGCAUACAGCAGAGGAAGAAUCAAGUCUACAGCUGGCCACACAACAAGAAACUGCUGAAGCUUGCCAUUUACUCCACCUGUCAAACCCCAGAUUGUGUGUGCAAUGGCUGGAAGGCACCAGUGGCACAGCAGUCUGGCAAAGGAUGCAGAGCUGACAAUCAACCCCUAGCUAGCUUUACGGACCCAUGUCGUAACUGUAAUCACGUAUUAGAAAAACAUAUAACACACCUGCAAGGGCUAUCAAUAACCGAAGUGAACAAGCUAUUGGGAGCAGUGGUGGAUGUAGAAAAUAUAUUCAUGUCUAUGCAUAGAGAGGACGAUUUGGACACUAAACGUGUUUAUUAUUAUCUAUUCAAACUCCUACGAAGAUGCAUCCUGACUCAAACGCAGCCCAAAAUUGAGGGUCCACUUGGACAACCGCCUUUCGAGAAGCCCUCUAUAGCCAAAGCUAUCACCAACUUCGUCUUGUACAAAUUUAAUACCUUACCGCAGAGGGAAUGGCAAACUAUGUACGAUUUGGCCAAGAUGUUCUUGCAUUGUUUCAACCAUUGGAACUUUGAAACACCUAGUGUAAGAAAACUGCAAGUAUCAAAUCCCGAGGACAUUUCGACAUAUCAAAUAAAUUAUACCAGAUGGCUAGUAUUUUGUCACGUGCCAGCUUUCUGCGACUCCCUGCCUCAUUAUGAAACAUCGAUCGUAUUCGGUCGUACUUUAUUACGUGCGGUAUUCAAAUCUGUAUGCCGACAGUUGAUGGAUAAAUGUAGGUCGGAGAGAGACAGAAUGCCGCCGGAGAAGAGGGUGUUAGUAUUGAAUCACUUUCCGCGAUUUCUGAGUCUGUUGGAGGAAGAAAUCUUCAGUGCGAACUCGCCGAUCUGGGACCCCGAGUACAAACAGCAGCCGCCAAAUCAUCUGCAAUCUAUCAUAGAUAAUAAAACUCCCAACAGGCGUGGCGAGUUCGAAAGGGUCACUGCAACGGGCGAGAGCAAAGAUGGCUUCACUACUGUAUCGCUUUCUUCGUGCUCCAUAAAGCGGGACGACUUGAAGCGAGCGUCUGAUACCCGCAGCGGGGACCAGGGCUGCAAGCGACGCAGGGUGGACGACUCCAUUUAUGACGUCACCGAUGACGUCAGCGAGAGGACCGUCGCCGAUAUAGUUGCCACCAUCACGGAUCCGAACUACAUGUGCGGACCGGACGCCCUGUUCCAAAUGCAAGCGCCGCGCGAUGAAGCAGCGAAAUUGGAAGAGCAACGGAAGUUGAUAGAGUUCCACGUGAUUGGCAACUCCUUAACCGGCCCGGUUAAUAAGCAAACAAUGCUAUGGUUGAUCGGUCUCCAUAACGUAUUCUCACACCAACUACCGGAGAUGACGAAAGAAUACAUUUCGCAGCUGGUUUUCGAUCCCAAGCACAAAACAUUGGCUCUGGUUAAAGAAGGAAGACCGAUUGGUGGGAUUUGCUUUAGGACUUUCCAUUCGCAGGGCUUCAGUGAGAUCGUGUUCUGCGCUGUGACGUCAAACGAGCAGGUCAAGGGAUACGGCACGCAUCUGAUGAACCAUCUCAAAGACUAUCACAUCCGGAAUAACAUACUGCACUUCCUGACGUUCGCCGAUGAAUUCGCGAUUGGUUACUUUAAGAAGCAAGGUUUCAGCAAGGACAUAAAGCUACCUCGCACCAUGUUCUCGGGAUACAUCAAGGACUACGAGGGUGCCACUCUUAUGCACUGCGAACUUAACCCGCGGAUCGUGUAUACACAAUUCACCGCGGUCAUACGGAGACAGAAAGAGAUAGUGAAAAAACUAAUUGACAUGCGUCAAAAAGAAGUUCGAAAAGUCCAUCCUGGAUUGACAUGCUUUAAAGAAGGCGUCCGCAACAUCCCCAUCGACUGCAUCCCCGGGGUGCGGGACGCGGGCUGGCGGGAAUCGCGUGCCACCAGAGCCGCCCCCGACCCUGAACCGGAUCCCUCGGCGUUACGCGCUGUCCUACAUGCGGUUAAAAACCACGCAGCCGCCUGGCCUUUUCUAAAACCUGUAGACAAGGCUGAUGUCCCGGAUUAUUACGAUCACAUUAAAUAUCCGAUGGAUCUGCGCACGAUGGGCGAGCGACUGAAGGCACGCUAUUACUCGUCGCGGCGGCUGUUCGUAGCAGACAUGGCGCGGAUCUUCUCUAACUGCCGUCUCUACAACUCGCCUGAUACUGAUUAUUAUAGAUGCGCCAACACCCUAGAGAAAUACUUCCAAACGAAGAUGAAGGACGCCGGCCAGUGGGACAAAUGAUCUGAGUUCAACUUCGACGACUUUUUCAUUCAAGAAAUUCGAACUGCGCGCAAUUAAUUUUAGGAUGUUUUUUCUUGAUUAUAAAGAAACCCUAACCCACGUCCUACCUAAAGCACAGUCGAGGGAAUUUGCUUAGUUAUCUUGCUCAGCGGCUUACUCUUAGGAAUGGAAACGCAAAUCAAAGUUACAAAGAUGACCUAAAGCGCCAUCUAUAUAUGUUUUUAUUUUAUACAAAUGGACGGGUGGGAAAAUAAAUAAAAAUCAAUAGGGAUUUCUGAGGACGCAGCCGAGUUGUCAAGGUCACGACUUAGGUAUCCUCGCCUCAAAUAUCUCACUACUAGUGAUGCCUCGAAUGUUGGUUAAGAAGAUUAAAGAAUUUUUUUUCUCCUAUUUUUCUUUUGCAAAGUUUUAAGGUCCAUUGGUUAACCUUGCAAACCAAUGGACGUUAAUUGGUUGGCCCGCCUCACGCUUAUAGUCCUCUCAUGUCUCAAAAACCUGGCUGGGCCACGGGACCGCUUUCGCAAACAUCCGCGACACAAGCCAUGGGGCCCUGGAGUCAGCUAGAAGAGACUUCGUUUUCGUCCUUGCAAACAUUAAAUAUUGCUCUUGUACUUUCGCUACUACAAAAAUUUUCUAAAUGUUGAAUACUAUACUAGAAUUUAAUUUGAUAGAUAUUAUUCACGGAAACAUUAUCAGUCCCCUUAAUCGUAUACUUUGUGACUGUUGACAUUGCAAUACCAUUUUAUAUAUAUAAUAACGUUUUCUAUAGCGUUUAUAUUGGCCAAUGGUCAAUGAAAAUGUCGCAACUGAUGCAAAUUCAUGACAAAAUCUCGUCCAACAUCAAUGAUAUGCUCAUAUGCAAAAGAUGGUACAUAUUCUUGUGAAGUAUUAAUAUUGACUUACAUACAUAAGUAGGCUUAUGCCAGUUUUCUUUUGGUGUUCGUUUGAUGUGCGCCUAAGAAUCUCCCUAGAUUGGGCGUUACUUAUUAAGACAUUGCCUAGUGCAUUGUUAGUGAAGACGGGUAUAAGGGAAACUCGGAGGGCGAUGAAGAGAGCUAUGCUGGGAUUAGCUCUACGUGAUAAAAUCAGAAAUGAGGAAUCCGUAGUAGAAUUAGAGUUACCAACAUAGCUCAACGAGUCGCGAAGCUGAAGUGGCACUGGGCGGGGCGCAUAGCUAUUAACAGAUGGACUUUAGGGUUCCGAUAUGACUGGAAAUGGCAGCGUUGUUCGACCCCCAACGAGAUUGGUAGACCACAUCCAACGAGUCGCUUGGAGCCGCUCGAUACUAGCUUCGCAGGAUCGUGAAUUUUGGAACCCUGCACAAAAGACCUAUGUCCAGAGGUCUUGCUUGUGUAUUACAAGUUGUAAAAUGGACUGCUAACAUGUCAAUAAAACAUGAAAUAAAUAUUACACUUGUUAAUAAGUGUCUAGGGACAAAAAUGUACAAGACUUCGUUUCAGAACACAGUUUUCAGCCCUUUUUUUAUUCUUAACAAGUAGAUAGAAUUGUCUAAAUUUAUUCUUUGAAAUAUAAUAAAGUUGUAUUCACACUGGAUACGUAUAGUGUCUUAGGUACAUCGGACCAUCGGAUUCAUACAUUUUGUAUAAAUGGUGGACACUAGGAUUACGCACUGACGCCGCCUACGUUCUUGCACCUACCACGCAUAACGAUACGAUACGUAAGUUUAGUGCGAAUUCAACUUAAAGUCUCCAAGUAAUUCAAAUCUUAGAGAAUAUAUAAUGAUAAGUAUUAUGUAGAAAAAAAACCCUAAAUGUAAUUAAUUCCUGUUGUACAAUAAAAUAAACGGUUUUUUCUUGUUAAUAGGUGUAUGUGAUCGUUUCAAGGUUACCACAUAAAGUGGGAGUAUUCUACAUUCUGUAUACUAAAUAAAAUGCGAAAUCUAUAAGUGAUGUAUGUUAUGCAUAAGCAUGUGACUUUUUUUAAUACAAAGGUCGUAUACACUUUUUGAUUUAGCGCGGUAUGUCUUUUGGUGGUCAUGAAAAUAUCGAAAAAUAAUGACCGGUCACGCUAUAUCUCAGAAUAUGUCCGUAACUGAUAAAAAGCGUUGCAUUUACCGUGCGGGAAAAAAAAUCCACUUAUUUAUCAUGUAUAGUUUUUUUUGUGUUCUUACACAGCACUUUUUAUUUUUGAAUGUACGCACAGUUUCGGUCACGUAUUAAUUAUUUAUACCACAGACUAAAGGAGAAAGAUAGAGGGAAUCGAUUCGCAUCGAUCCAAGUAUUUGCACAGAUCACCUUGGCAGAUUUCAAACGUACUGAUUAUUUAGUUAUCACCAAUUAUCCAAACAGUCUCGAACUCAUUGGCUAAGUUUAUUUAAAAUAAUAAUAAUAACAACGUUCUUUUACCAGUGUCAUGCUUAGUAUAUUCCAUACAUAUGUUUCAGUCAACCGAUUCUUGGGUCUCUUAGCCAGCUUGUAGUAAGCGAUAGAAAAUUGUUAAGUUAAUUCAUCAUGAAACGAGUAUCAUUAAGAAUUUAUUGGUCUGUUAAUGCAGAUGAAUUAUAUAUGUACAGUGGCAUGCACAAAAUAAUUAUCCAGGUUAGGCAUAAAGCAGUAAGAUAAAUCCACUAGUAAUGCCCACCAACCCGCAUUGGAGCAGCGUGGUGGGUCUAUGCACUUAAACUGUCUCUCCUAUGAUAGACGAAGCCUAAGCCCAGCAGUGGGAUGUCAAUAGGCUGCGAAUGAUGAAUGAUAAUUACUAGUAAUACAAUUGUUUUAGUGCACGCCACUGAAUGGGUGUGAAUUAGAAUUUGAACCUAUGACGGUGUAUUGGGAUCAACAUCACUCGCUGUAUUGACUUACGAGCAAGAAUUUUGGCCGUCUUUUUAUCGUCUAUCUUUUUUCUUUAGUCCGCUAUUUUUAUAUGAAUGUUGUUUAAAUAAAACACAAAUUUCAAUACUGUA